AUGGCCUUCCUGCCGGACGAGGCGCGCGGGCUGCCGCCGCCGCCGCUGCUCAACCGGGGCUCGGCCUGGCUCGGCUUCAGCGGCUGGUUCGCGGCCCUGCUCGACAACAGCUUCAACCGGCGGCCCGUGCUGCGCUCCGGUGUCCACCGCCAGAUCCUGUUCACGACGGUGGGCUGGUUUGUUGGGUAUCACCUGAUCAAGCACGCGGAAUACGUGCACGCAAAGCGCGACAGGGAGCUCUUCGAGUAUGUGAGGCAGCAUCCCGAGGACUUUAAGAUAAAAGAAAAGAAGAGAAUAGGAGAGCUUCUGGAGGAUUUCUAUCCCAUUCGCUGAAGAUUUCUUCAGCAGCUACGAGCCUCUGUCACCACAUGCAGAGCAUCAAACCGGCUCCGUACUGCUAACUUGAACAAGCUCUACCUUAGUAACAUUCAAGUGCACGUGGCUAGGAUAAAAAUGGUUAUGCAUUUUCAUUUAAUUAAAAUUAUGAUUAAAUACACAGUGUUUCAUUAUUCUUUGCUUUGACAUUAUAUCAUCAUAGUGUGUGUAACAUUGAUAUUUCUGAUAAGGUAGUAGUCUCAGUUCAUCCCUUUUUCAGUUAAUUGUGAAGAUGGAAUAUUGUUUAUGCAGAGUACAUUUAAAAAAAAUGGACGGGUAAAUUCCUGCUUUCUGUUACUCACUAGCUUUUUUCCUAACUUUUGAGCAUACUCCAAACCAGCCCUGCAGGACAGUGUAGUGGGAUCAAAGCCAGAGGUUGCCUGUAAAGAAGUUCUGUACCACCAGGGGCAAUAUAGGCUCUCCAUAAUUGAUUCCCUUUAUGUUUUGCUUCCUCAUUUUGCUUUUUCUUGGCUGAGGAGGAGGAUCCAGGCUUUCCAUUUCCCAGCUUGGUUUGUGGAUUCUGAAUCUACAUCUCUUGAACCCCAGUGUUUUGCAGACAUGCUGG